AGUUGCCGUGCUCAAAGUGCUCUUUGUGCGUUCGUUUUGGUCGUUGGGGACGCCAUGGCUUACCAGUAUCCCACAGUGUACUCCGGCACGCCCAUGACUUCCUAUGGUGGCUACACGAUGCCCUCCGCCUUGGAUCACUCUCAGGGCAAAUGGUUUGCCCCGGGAGAGGCCCUUCCCCCCGGCUACGUGGUGACGACACAUCCUGAGGGCCACAUGGCUCCUCAAGGUCACCAUGCCAUGUCGGACAUGGCACGCGAGAGCUUCGUGGUCACCACCGGAACGUUGGGAUCCGCCGCUUCGGCCGCAGUGGGAGAGGUCAAGGCAGCCACUUCGCUCAAGAAGUCCAAGAAGAGCAGCAAGAAGAAGAAGAGCUCCGGCUGCUGCUAAGGAGUUUGACAUGCUUCGAGAUCAGUUCUCUGAAGCCUUUCUCCCAUGGAUUUCCACAUUACUUGGAAGCCCUUGAGAUGAACUACACCACAUACUUUUGGCUUGUGAUCGGCAGA